UCUCCCAGGGACGCCCUUUGUACGAGUCACCCAUCCCUGAUCCUGCCCGGGGCAAAAGUUGCCUUCCCUUUGUUGCAAUCCAGCUUCCCUACCCCUCGAUGUCCCAGCGCUUUCACUGCGGGGGCCCCUCCUGCUGGUCAUCGCAAGAGCCUUUUGCAAACGCCCGGAAGGAUCGCACGGAGCUCGGUAGAGGCUAAGAAUAUCAUCCGAAGAAGUUCACAAGGAUUAAAAUAUCAGUGACGUUGAUUACAACAGGGCUUCGUCUAUGAUAGUGGAAGACUGAACAUGUCAAUAAAAAAUCCGAGCUGAAAGUCAAAAGAAAAGAUUCAUUUGAGCAAGCUUGCGCAAACUUUGUUUCAUUUCUUAAAAAAGAGAGAGAGAAAGAGGGAAAGAAGGAAGGUAGGAAAGGAAGGAAGAGGAAAGAAAAGAAAAUUAAAUUAAGCAUUGCAUGUCAAGUGAUAAAUAUAACAAGGUUUUUGGCAUUGAGAGAUAAUCUGCAAAUCUGUCUUCCGUUCCACUAUGCAGCACAUAUGCCAGCGUCUCUGAGAAUUGUCUGCCUUGAAAAAUGUGUCGUUAAGUCUUCCUUUACUCUGAGUUCGAGGUCAAUUCCAAAAAUCCAUAAAAAGGCGGAGUCUGCAUUCUUCAAACACGAUGAAAAGGAUAUUGAGGAAAUGUUAACCAGUCUGGCUCAGGGUAGGGGGAAAAAAAGUCUGGGACCUGACCUCAUCGUUACACUUUUCUUCCCAGGAAGUUCAUUUGUAUGCAUGGCCCUAGUGAGAAAAGGGUACCACCAGGUGAUGGAACCAACCGAUUAAUCCGGUUCCAAACAAAACACACAGCAAAGAGGAGUUUUCCUAGGAAAGGCCCAAAAACUCAGAUGGCAUCAGAAGAGAGAGACGCUCUCUGGGAAGCUGCGGGCAAUCCAAAGAUGGUUAAAAAUCCCUGGGGAAUUCAGAACAAGAAGGAAAUAGAGGUGAGUCCGGAAUGGAAUCUUUCUGUGGAGGAAAAUCUGGCUCUGCAUUUGGAGAGCCUCCGUGGGGGAAAAUCCCUGGACACAGCCGAGCAAAAACACUCGCCAAAGAGAUAUCCCGAUUUCCCUCUGGAAUUCCAACCGGGGGAGGAAGCGGAGAAUAUUGAAAUACAUGCUAGUUGCUUAGCGGGCGCGUCCCAAAUCAGCAUCAAAGAGGAAGAUUUAGGGCACCCCCAAUACGAGUGGGCGCUGUGCCAAAAACCCGUCCCAUUUCUGGCUCAAAGGAUCAAAAAGGAAGCCAGCGCAAACCUUCCCCCGGAUUCAGAGAUUGGGGAGAACGCCAAUCCGCCAUCUAUAUUCAAUAUCCAAAGGUGCCCGGCCUCCGUGUUUGCGAAGCAGGACGGGGGCUUUGCCAGACCCCAGAAAAAUAUCCCCGUCGUCCUGGAAGAGCCGAAAGCGGAGAAAAUCUUCCCCUGCCCCGUUUGCGGCAAGGAGUUCAACCAGAAGUCCAAUCUCACCCGGCACCAUAAAAUCCACACCAUGGAAGGGUCGUAUAAGUGUCUCAAGUGCGGGGAAAGCUUCCGCAUGAACCGCCAGCUUCUCCGCCACCAACGGGUGCAUCUGAGCGACCCGUUCAAAUGCACCGAGUGUGGGAAGAGCUUCAGCCGGCGGUCCAACCUCAUCCGGCACCAAAGGAUCCACACGCGGGAAGCGCCGUACCAGUGCCCCGAGUGCGAAAAAACCUUCAACCAGAAGACCAACCUUUUCAGGCACCGUAUGAUCCACCUCCAGAUGGGGCCUUGCAACUGUACCAAAUGCGGGAAGCUUUUCACGCAAAGGAAAUACCUGGUGAAGCACCAAAAGUUGCACCUGAGUGAGGGAGACCAGAAAUGUUUCAUCUGCGGGAAGCAAUUCCGGCUGAAGAAAUACCUCCGGAGACACCAGAAAAUCCACAGUCGCCAGGCCCCAAAUAUUCACGAAACUCAGAUGGAGUGACCAGGUUUGGCAAGGAGGAGAACUGGGACAUGCAGGACUGGUGGAAAAACCCCAGAAUGGCACUUAGCCACUGCCUCUUUUAGCGACCCUUCGUCGUUAACGACGGGAAAAAUGAAAUAGCAAUCUUUUUGUGACUAGUCUUUCAUUCAUAACCAUUAACAGGUUUGUAAAUCAAAGGAAAGCAGAAAGGAAGAUCGUAAGGUUUUUUUUACAUAGCAGUUGCUUCACUUAGCGAACAACAAUUAUGGUCGCUAAAUGAGGAUUGCCUGUAGACAUGCCUGGAGAUGUGGACGCCCGAAUGAAAUGCAGAGGUUUCAUAUGCUUGAUUAAUCACACUUGGAAAAACAAAAAUCAUAGGAUCCUGCUUUUUUGCAGUCUUCGGGGGCUUAAAGCCCCCGUGUUUCGCACCCAUGUGUGUAUGUGUGCUAAUUCAUAGGACUAAUUUUGUGUGGGCUCUCCAGGAAGGUAGCACUAUGAGGAAUAGAACCUGUGUCAUUGUGAAUUUCUGGCAUGAUUGAGGGGGUUAUAGAAGGCACCAACUUUCUAGUUGCCAAGGUACUUUCAAAAGAAACGGAGUUGGGAAUUAGUUCCUAACUAAUUCCGUUUCUCUUGUUUAUACAUUUUGACAGCCUCAUUCUGCUAAGCAAUUUACCUCCUCCUCCUCCUUCACCCUAACAAAAACUGCAAAAUAAUGGGAGGUUAUAUAAAUUUGCUGGAUUUGUGUAAGAUGCACAAGGCGGCUGGCUUCAGGAAUGUGUUGGGUAGAAAGGCCUACACUCAUAUAUAAUUUCCGUUCUCAGCCCAGUGACCCUGUUCUUUAGGAGGUAGGGGGCUCCUACUUCCUGUUAUUUGUAGCCAACAAGUCAGUUCUUGUGGGCUAAACCAGGUAGGAUGAUCCAAUGCUAACUUUAUUGUAAAGCCGCAUUGACAGAAUCUUGCAAGUAUGAAAGUACAAAUCUCCUGCUGUACUUUUUUGGCUCUUUCUGUGCAUGAUGCAGCCGUGUGCCCUCUGACAGUUUCCUUGGUGGUGUUUCUUUGCCCAGUCCACUAUAUGCCCGCUAUGAAACAUGGCUAAAGGCCAAAGACGAGGGGAUUUUAAAACAUAUGGUCCUCGGGGAAGUUCUGCAAGGGCCUGAAUAAAACUUGACUUCAGUUCUGCUUCCUGAAUCAUGCAACAAGAUCCCUGUUUGCAAAUUACUAGGUAGAGUCCGCAGUCCAUUUAGUUACAACGGCUUUCAAAAAAGUGACUUACGCACCGUUUUCCACGCUUACGGCCAUGGCGGCAUCCUUGUGGUCACGUGAUCAGAGUUCGAAUGCUUGGCAACUGACUCAUAUUUAUGACGGUUGCAGUGUCUCUGGGGUCUCCUUUUGCGACCUUCUGAGAAGCAGACUCAGUGAGGGAGCCAGACUUGCUUAAGAACCGUGCGUGGCUAACUGGACAACUGGAGGGAUUCAUUUCACAACCGCAUCAAGGAAGGUCGUGGAAUGGGGCAAAAGAGGUGUCUCACUUAGCAACAGGAAUUUUGGCCUCAGUCGUUAAGUCGAGGACGGCCCGUAUCGAAACGAGGCAGGAAGUUGUGGCUAGAGGUUUAGAGCCAGCAUGCACCAAAACUCAGGUCAGGCUCUACCCCCCGUGAUGGCGAAGCUAUGCCACAAGUGGCACGCGGAGCCAUUACUGAGGGCCCGCGAGGCAUUGCCCCGUCAGCUCCAGCGCGCAUGUGCUCUCUGACCAGUUGAUUUUCAGCUGUUUUUCGCCCUCCAGA